UGUUGCGGUUUUUCCCAGAUGGCGGCCGGCGACCCGGCCCGGCCAUGGAGAACUGGGCCGCCUACAACCAAACCACGCAAUCGGAGGCGUCCCGCCGCCUGCCGCCCGUUUUCUUGAGGCGUUUUCCAGCCGGCAGCCGGCGGCCCGGCCCGGCCGGGGAGCACAGCUCCGCCUACAACCAAACCACACAACCGGACGCGUCCCGCUACCUCCCAACCAUUUUCUUCAGGUGUUUUCCAGCUGGGAGCCGACGGCCCGGCUCGGCUAGGGAGCACAGCUCCGCCUACAAGCAGACCACGCAACAGGAGGCGAAGACGCCCUGCCCGCCUCUCUUUUGCUUUCGGUUUUUUCCAGCUGAGAGCGGGCGCCGCGGCCCGGCCAUGAUCAGCGCAGUCUACGACCCGACCACGGAACCCGAGGCGAAGACUCCCCGCCGCCUCCCCUUGGGCUGCACCCUGCGGCACCUGCGGGGAUGGCGGCUGCCAGUCAAGGUGUUCCAGACGAUUUUCUCUUUAGUGGCUGUUGUUUGUGAAGAACUUGUGCAAGAAUGCUACAACUGUAGUCCACUUUACUACUUUGAAUUUGCAAGCUGCAGUGCCUUCCUUUUGAGCCUCCUGUUUCUGUAUGUGUAUUGCACUGAUUUGUAUGAAUCACUGGGGGAAGAUAAAGUGCGGAAACUGAAUUUUUUGACUGUGCUGCUCAUAGUUGCCAUUUUUCUGUCAGCAUCAAUACUGCUUUCUGCAAACUGCAAUGAGCCUGAAGAAUAUGCUGCAUGUGUAUUUGGAUUUUUUGCAACUUCUGUAUUUGUAGCUGAACUUGUCAUAGAGAUCUGUCUCAGAAUAAAACAAAGACGGAACGUCAAGAAACACCCUGAGAAGCCUCCUAACGCUCCGAGUGCCACAGAAAACCAGCCAUUGAAUAAAAAAAGAUAACUUCCUGAAAUUGUUUUUUUUUCUUUUUUUUUUUCUUUUUUUUUUUUUUUGAGUGGAGCAAACUAAUAUGAACUUUCAGUGCGCUGUAGGUAACAACUUCUGUUUCUUUCUUUUAGUCGAUUUUGUACACAUUGCUCAUCACCAAUUUUUAUGGAUUCUUGGUCAGGUAAUGGCAUCUUGGGCAUCAUGUUCUAAGGUACCUGUAGAUUGAGAGUUUUUGUCACAGCUAGCUUUAUUAAUCUGGUCCUGCCAUCUGCUGGGAUGACAGGUACUAAGAAACCUUGGGUCUAAACAGAAUAACUUCAGAACAGUAGUGUGCUGAUUUGAUUUUGACAGAGAUGACUAAUAAAGGUUAAUGUCUGAGGCAUAAAUUCUGACCUAUAACCUAAAGAUAUUUCCUGGUUAAAUGAACCAGAUGUUUCUAUUGUGAGUUAAAAAUUAGCACAGCAGAAUUCAUUUUUGUACUUCCUGGUGAAACUGAAUGCAAAAGGGAUACCUGACUGGAAUUUACAGGAAUGUUUAUCCUUAAGUAAGGGGUUUGGGGUUGUUUUUACUAGUCCUGUGUCUCAGUUCUGUCUAUGGAGAUCAGUUUCAUGUUAUAGUGACUGUAGGGAGUUUAUGGGGAAGGUAAUGUAAAUGGUAUAUUGAGAGACAGUUUUGCACCCCAUGAUUGUCAAAGUUUGGACUUGUAUGCCAGAAUCUUCUUUCAGAUGGUUUCAAAAGCUGUAACAUUUGCAGGAAGAAACUAGAAAAGCCAGCAGUGGGAGAAAUAAGAUAAAGAAUAAGUAUUUUACAUGAAGCAACCCCAGAAGCAGCAAUCUGAAUAUCAAUGGCAAAAACCUUAGAGCAUGUUGGUUCUACCCUGGUGAAUAUUACUUGCAUGGUUAAUGCCAUAUGCAGCUUGUUUAUGUAUAGAUAAUGCUAAGUUUUGCCAGAAUGGUUUUAAACCUCACCAUUUUCUGUGUUUAUUGAUACGGCAGUAGCUUGAGACUCCUUGCUGCUGACUAGCUCAGUUGGUGAACAGGUGA